GGUUUUUCUGAGAAUAAGGUUUCACGAACAACAACUCAACCUUCAUAAUCCCCUUCUCCCCUACAAAAACGACAACUCUGCCAGAGUUGCUCAAUUUCGUUAGUUAUAGUUUCAUUCAGUACAUCAGCAGCAGGUUUCUCAGAGUCAAUGAAAAUGUCCUUGGCAAUCCUUCUCAUUGGUAAUGGUGGACGUGAGCAUGCUCUCGCUUGGAAGCUUGCUCAAUCACCUUUGGUGACUAAAGUUUAUGUUGCACCCGGAAACGGUGGUACUCAAGCAGCUGGCAAGGACUCCAAGAUUGAGAACGUCGACAUCGGCGUCUGUGACUUUGACAAGCUCGUUGCAUUUGCUGUUGAAAAGUCUGUCGGUUUGGUUGUUCCUGGACCCGAAGUUCCUUUGGUUGAGGGCAUUGAAUCGCAUUUCCGUCGUGUAGGUAUCCCUUGCUUCGGUCCUUCUAAGGAAGCUGCCCGUAUGGAGGGAAGCAAGGCCUUCUCUAAGGAUUUCAUGCAGCGUAACAACAUCCCUACCACCGCUCACAAGUCUUUCACUGACUUCGAGACCGCCAAGAAAUGUGUCCAAGAAUGGGGUCUUAAGACUGAGCUUGUCAUUAAGGCCGAUGGUCUUGCUGCCGGCAAGGGUGUUAUCUUGCCCAAGACAAUGGAUGAAGCCAUUGCUGCUCUUGAGAGCAUCAUGUUGGACAAGGAGUUCGGUGCUGCCGGCAAAACUGUCGUUGUCGAGGAGUUGGCUGAGGGAGAGGAGAUUUCUAUUCUUACCUUCUGUGACGGCUACACCUGCAAGUCGCUUCCCGCUGCUCAAGACCACAAGCGUGCCUUGGAUGGCGAUAAGGGUUUGAACACUGGUGGUAUGGGUGCUUAUUGCCCUGCCCCCAUUGCUACUCCUAAGUUGAUGGCUGAAAUCCAAAAAACAAUUGUUCAACCCACCAUUGAUGGCAUGCGCCGUGAGGGUUACCCUUUCGUCGGUAUCUUGUUCACCGGUUUGAUGGUCACAAAGCAGGGACCCGUCGUUCUUGAGUACAACGUUCGCUUUGGUGACCCUGAGACUCAAGCUGUUUUGCCCUUGUUGGACACUGACUUGGCUGAGCUUAUGCUCGCUUGUGUUGAUCGCCGUCUUGAUGCUAUUGACUUGAAGGUUAAGGAUAAGUUCAGUUGUGUCGUCGUUUGCGCUGCUGGCGGUUACCCUAGUUCUUACCGCAAGGGCGACGUUAUUGAGGUCGAUCCAAUCUCUGAGCCAAAUGUCAAUGUAUUCCAUGCCGGUACUGCUGUAAAGGACGGCAACGUUGUUACGAACGGUGGCCGUGUCAUUUGCGUCUCUGCUGUCAACGACACUGUCCGCUCCGCUGUUGACAGUGCUUACAAGGGUGUUGCCAACAUUCAUUUCAAGGACAUGUUUUAUCGUAAGGAUAUUGCCCACCGUGCCCUUAAGCCUCAGAACAAGGCUGAGGACGGUUUAACCUACGAGAGCGCUGGUGUCUCUGUUGAUGCUGGUAAUGCAUUCGUUCAACAAAUCAAGGAUCUUGUUAAGUCUACCCGCCGUUCCGGUGCUGACGCCAGCAUCGGUGGUUUCGGUGGUGUUUUUGACUUGAAGGCUGCUGGUUAUGAAGAUCCUUUGCUUGUCAGUGCUACUGAUGGUGUCGGCUCUAAGCUUAUGAUUGCUUUGGAGAUGCAAAAGCACGACACUGUUGGUAUUGACUUGGUCGCUAUGAAUGUUAACGAUUUGGUCGUUCAAGGUGCUGAACCCUUGUUCUUCUUGGACUACUAUGCUACUGGCAAGCUUAUUCUUUCCGAUGCUAGAGAUUUCGUUAAGGGUGUUGUUGACGGUUGUUUGCAAUCUGGUUGUGCUCUUGUUGGCGGUGAGACGUCUGAGAUGCCCGGUGUGUAUCCCCAUGGACAUUAUGAUACCAACGGUACUGCUGUUGGUGCUGUCAACCGCGACGCACUUUUGCCCAACUUCGACAGCUUCAAGGCCGGUGAUGUUCUUUUAGGUCUUGCUUCCGAUGGUGUUCAUUCAAACGGUUAUUCUUUGGUCCGUAAGAUUGUCGAGGUCAGUGAUUUGGAGUACAAGUCCACCUGUCCAUGGGACGAAAAGACAACUUUGGGCGCUGCCCUGCUUACUCCCACGAGAAUCUAUGUCAAGCCCUUGUUGCACGUGAUUAAGAAGGGACUUGUAAAGGGUAUGGCUCACAUUACCGGUGGUGGUUUGAUUGAGAAUGUUCCUCGUAUGUUGCCCAAGACUUUGAAGGCUGUUAUCGACGUUCAACAAUUCCCUGUUCCCCCAGUCUUUAGCUGGUUGAAGCACGCUGGUAACGUUCCCACCUCCAACAUGGCUCGUACUUUCAACAUGGGUAUCGGCAUGGUUGUGGCCGUCGCAGCUGAGCAUGCCGAAGAAGCCGCUCGUCUCUUCCGUGAAGACGGAGAAACUGUUUACACCAUCGGUAACCUUGAAACUGCUGAUGAUGCUGAACACAGAUGUGAUCUUUUGAACAUUGGUAACUGGGACCGUUUGUAGAAAAAUCAUCCUUUUGACAUGGCCUGCCCCGGAUCUGCCUGGCCAUAUUGUUUGCUUAACGCAAACUUAAAUAUGCACAGUAAAUAGUGCGACCUACAAUAUCCUUUUUGUUUAAAUUCUGUUAAUAAAAAUUAAGUUUUGGAAAAUGGUUACUAAGGUUUGUAUUCCUA